AUGAACUCGAUCAAGAUAAAAAAUUCGGGUAGCGGUCCAAUCAAGGUUGGCUUGUUCAAAAACCUUGGAGAUUUUCAACCGUCGUUUGACGCGGAAAAAAUAAUCGAUAUCGGACCUGGUGCAAGUAGUGAGCAUGUGCAAUUGGCCGAAGGCUGGGAAGGACGAGCGCAAAAGUUGAGUGGAAAGCCAGAAGAUCCUGCUACGUGGCUAGAAUUCCAUUUCAAUGCAUGGCAAGACAUGACUUUUGCUGAUAUCAGCUUGAUUCGAGGCUACAAUGGCGCCGCGAAGAUAUCCAGUGAAGACGGCACUGCCAACCGAGGCUUUUCUCAAGAUCUUUACGGCGAUGCACCAGAAAAAUAUAAAAUGAAAGAUUCCAAUGGCACUCCUGUACUAGCUGCCACGGAACCGUAUACUGGUGGUCGUAACGAUGAAUUGGUAGCUUAUUAUCGAAGCAAGGUGGAAAAUGGACAAGCUUGGAUGGACAAUACGGAUAAGCAUGCGGAUCGAGGAACGGUGAACAAGCAACUAAAUUUCGAGUUCUUUUAA